AGGAACCGUAUAUUGCAUUUGGAGACAAACGUUUCAAACAAAUUUUGAAAGGAAAUAAACCAGGAAGAAGCAUUAAAUUCGGGGAAUUGCCUUCCAUACCAGAGGACAAAAAUCCGUUCUUGUCUCAACUACAUACACGAAGGACAACUUUAGCGGUUGUAGAACCGUACAAUAACACGCGUAAAUUUAUGAAAAACGCAUUAAUCGUUGAACAAGGUGUACCUGUAACUAAACAUACGUACGAGCACAAGAGGUCAUUAUCAACAGUCACGAAGGGAGCAAGAAGAUUAUCUUUGGGAUCGCUGGGGUCGAAAAUUACAGGCUUGGCUCAUGCAAAAAAUGCAUUUAACCGUUUCAAAAAGCAUAGUGCUAUCCAACCCGAAAACGAUGAGGUGGAAACGUUCGAGAUAAAACAACUGCCAGAGAAGCCACGGUUUGCUUCUACCCUUUCACCAGAGGCCCAGUUCGCCAUAAUGAAGGGUUACGAGGACUUGGUGUACUGGAACCUGUGCAAGCAGUAUCCGCAGCACCGUCGUCAGCUGCACCGAACUCAGACACCGCACAGCCCGGUAGUAGUUCGAUACUCCGAUCCAAGCAUAACCGAUACCUUUGAGAAAAAGAACUUGUAUGAUGCUAACUAUGAUAAAGGCAGAGGCAUACCGGUGACUUCUGGUGGUGUUGCUUCAAAUUCCGAUGAACAAUGUGAUCAAGCGACGGAGCAAAUGACCCUGAGCAACACAUCGACGAAGACGAACUCCUUGUCACAGUGUGAAGCAACUUAUAACAAGACGCAGACGACGCAGGAGAAUUCUAAGCUGAUAACGACCUACAUGUGUGAAAGUGUUAUGCACAUUCUGGACGACCUCCGUGAGGAGCAGGGUCUAUACCGCCUGUCGCCGAGGCGGCCCGGAAUUUCCAGCCUUUCCGAGCCGUACCGAGUUUACAACUCCUGGUCACGUGGAUGGAGCAAGGGGUUCGAGAGCGUUUAACAUGGACUUGUCAAACGAAUUGUCAGGGCGCGUUUUCACCAACUCUUUUGAUGUGUUGCUAAAUAAGGAAAGACCACUACUUAAGGUCAUAAAAUUACUUAAGUUUCUGUGUGUAUCAAGUAUCAACGUAUUUAAAAUAAGGAGGUCUGUAUCUUGCCUACCGGUAUAUAGGUGUUUGCCUUAAGAUACCAUGCAGAAAUCAUAGGAUUUCACAAAGAAACAUCGAUCUGAUCAUUUAAAUCGUAAAAAUACAACGUUUUGGAGCCUUUUGGAUACUGAGCUGCCCUUUUUAACAAGAAAUUUCACAAAAUGAUUUUAUGUAUAUCUUGUACAAUUUUACAUUAUGUUUAUGUAUUCUAUUUAAUAACGAACUUCCGUUCCCGUUCUGCUUAGCGACCCAUUUUUUAGACUGGAAAUGGACGUUCUGUCGCUUUUGCUGUAUUUUACACGUCGGAUUGUUAUGACUCCUGUAUGAACAAAUGUUGCUGCAAAAGACGGCGACCAAUACCUAUGAGUUUUCCUUUCAAAUCCAUUUAAACAUAACAAAAACUAACAUUUGAAACGUGUUUUUUUUUCAAAAAAGAUAUCGAACAAUAGAUUUCGUAAUAUUAUUUGAUUGAAAUAAGAGCGUGUCCAAGGGGAUUAAAACGUAACACACAGUCUAUGUGUUAAGAAAUUACGCCAUGCUAACAAAGGACUAAGCCCGGAUUGUCAUAAAAAUUGGACAACAAAAUAUCCUUCGGUACAAAUGGCGGAGAAAAUUUUAUGAACAAUACAGAACAAAAUAUUUUUAUUAUUUUCGUAGCGCAUAUAACGGGAUCGAGAAGUUCUCCAAGGUCACAGAGUAGGCUUUUCUUCGAUUGGGCGGCCGGAAUAAUUGGAAGUUCGCUUAAACAGAAGUUAACAGAUGGUUAGCAAUUUUUUAUGUACGGUCAUAAUAACAACUAAUUAUGAAGCAAAAAUGGGUAUGCAUAUAAUAUUUAUUACACAUAUUUGCAAGUCUA